AUGAAGACAACCACAGCAUUGGCCGUUGCCUCUUCCCUUUCGGGCCUUGCCUCUGCAUUGCCCUACAUGGGCCCUGGCCCUUUGAAGAUGAGGCAGCAGAUGACUUCCGACAACUCGACAUGGACCGACCUUAGAGGAAAGCACGUCGUGUAUCUCAUGAUGGAGAACCACAGCUUCGACAACAUUGCCGGGUACUGGGACUUCCAUCCGGACAUCGAUAACCUCCGCAACAUUACCUACUGCAACCAAUACACUAACCCAAACUGGACUGUCUGGAAUGAACCCAUCGACAUCUGCGCCGGCCCCUACGAAGACGAAGUUCCCCUGAAGGAUCCCGACCACAACUUCGCCGGCACCUCGUACGAGAUCUACCGCACUUGGUAUCCUUCCAAGAAUGACACACCCAACAUGGGAGGCUUCAUUGAGCGUCAAUCCGAGAAGUACAGCGAAACUCCUGGAGACGCGUCGUUUGUCAUCAAAGCCUACUCUCAAGAAAAGUCUCAAGUCCUUGCAACACUGGCUCAGAACUAUGGUUUCUGGGACUCGUAUCAUGCCGAGCAUCCUGGUCCUACCAAUCCCAACAGACAGUUUGCGACUAGCGGUUCAACCUGUGGUAUGGUGGAUAACACUGAUCAAGCCUCGGGUUGGUUUGCCAAUGUCACUGGAACUACCUGUGCCAAAUCAAUCUUUGAGUCGUUGUCCGAUAAGAACAUUACCUGGAAGAACUACUACGAAACUGAUAUCAUCGAUGCCUGGAUGUACAAGUGGGUCCAAGACAAUGCAAUGGAUAAUCUUGUCCAUGCCGAUCAGUUCUAUACCGAUCUCGAGGAUGGUACUUUGCCUGAGUUCUCGUACAUCAACCCUGAGUGCUGCACUAUUGACUCCAUGCACCCAUCGAGCAACAUGGCAGCCGGUGAACAGCUCAUCAAGCAUCUGUACGAUGCUGUAAGACAAUCCAAGUACUGGAAUGACACGUCAGUAAUCACCCUACCUUCCAUGGAUGGCAUGGCCUUCAGCGGCAUGAGCGACGCCCACAACGUGACUUACGACUUCACCCGCCUUGGAGUCCGGUAA